GGAUGGUGCUUGGAACGGUAAAAGCCAAAGCAAUCAGGUGGUUGGAAGACAAUAGAGGUUUAGUCAUUGUGCUGUUCUGUUUACCAGCUAGCUUUCUCUUCGAUCUUUUCAUCCAAUUCCGUAUCUGGCUUGACCGCAAACUGUCCGCUACAACUUCCCAUCAGCAACGUGUUCAAAAGAUCCAAGACCAAGUCACUGAAUGGAGCAAGCUUCCAGAUUCCGAACAAAAACCGCUCUGCACCGCUAGGCCUAACUGGUUAAGCUUGUCUACAACCUUUUUUGACAAGAGAAAAUGCCACCAAGUUCCAAUUGAUCUUCACGACGUGCUCUCCUUAGACGAAAAAAAUCUCACUGUGACUGUGGAACCGAAUAUCACUGUCCGUGAAAUUUGCAAAUUUUUGAUUCCAAAAGGCUACACCCUUGCUGUAACAUUAGAGAUUGGAGAUGCCACGCUCGGAGGUCUUGCUUUUGGAGUUGGGAUGACAACAUAUUCUCAUAAAGUUGGUCUCUACCAAGAAGCAAUCGUCAGUUACGAAGUGGUCACAGCCGACGGGAAUGUGAUUACUGUAACUGAUUCAAACGAGCAUUCUGAUUUGUUUUACUGCCUCCCGUGGUCUCAUGGAACACUUGGUUUCUUGGUUGGUCUCACUUUAAGAAUUGUGAAAGUUAAACCUUAUGUUCAUAUGGAAUAUAUCCCGUGCCACUCACAAGAUGAGUACUGCAAAAAAAUCAUGGAACUCUCUGGAGCAACUGACAAAAACACGAAAGUUGCUGAUUAUUUGGAAGUGACCAUUUAUGACAAGAAUGAAGCUGUGAUCAUGGUUGGAAAUUUUGCAGACGUGGAUAGCAAGAGCAAUGCAAAGGUCAACGACGUCUGCUGGUUUUACAAACCGUGGUUCUACAAACACGUUGAAACAUUCUUGAAGAAAGGAGGUGAAGAAUACAUUCCACUCGAAUCCUACUUACUGCGCCACAACCGUGCCAUUUUUUGGGUUGUCGAGAGCAUGAUUCCAUUCGGAAAUCACCCCGUGUUCCGUGCUUUCCUUGGCUGGCUUUGCCCACCAAAGCCGGCAUUCUUGAAAUUUACCACCACACAAGCCGUCAGAGAAAUGACGUUCGCGAAGCAGGUCUUCCAAGAUAUUGUAAUGCCAUUGGACACAUUGAAAGAGCAAGUUGACACUGCUGUAAAGUUGUUUGAUACGUACCCACUACUGGUGUACCCAUGUAGAAUUUACGAUCACAAGGGAGGUGCCCCACAAGGACAGUUGAGAGCGCCACCAAAAUCUCGCUUGGUACCUGGAACAAAUUAUUCAAUGUUCAAUGAUCUUGGUGUCUAUGGUACCCCUGGACAAGUGGAACGUCGUGAGCCAUACAACCCAACUCAUGCGAUGAGAGCUAUGGAAAAAUUCACCCGCGACGUCGGUGGUUACUCCUUCCUUUAUGCAGAUAUUUUCAUGAGCGAGGAAGAAUUUAAUGAGAUGUUCGACAUGACUCUUUACAAUCAAGUGCGUCUUAGAUAUCACUGCGACGGAGCAUUCCCAAGACUUUACGACAAAGUCAAACCAGAGAUUGAUGUGAUUUCCAUCGGAGAAACGUAUGCCGUCAAGAAAGAGGAAUGAAAAAAUAAUUAAAUUGAGUUGCUUGAAUGAUAUGAAAUGAAUUUUUAGUGUGAAUUUUUGAAAAAAGUAAAAGAUUGACUUGUUAA